AUGGAUUAUGAGGAGACAUUUGCACCGGUGGCAAAAAUGACUACAGUUCGUACUCUAAUAGCUGUCGCAUCUGUUCGUAAGUGGAAGAUUUGUCAAAUGGAUGUUAAGAAUGCAUUUCUGAAUGGUGAUCUCCAUGAGGAGGUUUACAUUAUUCCUCCCCCAAGAAUUGCUCAUCAGCCCGGUGAAGUCUGUCGACUUCGGAAAGCUCUAUAUGGUGAUGAUUAUGAUGGUAUUGAGUCCUUGAAGCAUGAUUUGGCUCACCGUUUUGCUAUGAAGGAUUUGGGUUUGCUCCGGUAUUUUUUGGGUAUUGAGGUGGCUCAGCCUCACAUAGGAUAUCUUCUUUCUCAAACAAAAUAUAUAUCUGAUCUGUUUCAGCGGGCAAGACUUUCUGAUAAUAGAACUGUUGACACUCCUCUUGAAACCAAUGCGCGAUAUUCUCCCAGUGAUGGUGUUCCCUUGGCUGAUCCAAGUUUGUAUCGUACUAUUGUAGGCAGCUUUGUUUAUCUUACAAUUACUCGCCCGGAUAUUGCUCAUGCAGUUCAUGUGGUAAGCCAGUUUGUUACUGCCCCUACGUCUGUUCAUUGGGGAGCUGUUCUUCAUAUAUUGAGAUAUCUUCGUGGCACUCAGUUUCAGAGUCUUCUGUUUCCCUCUACAUCUUCUUUGGAGUUACGUGCCUACAGUGAUGCUGAUUGGGAUAGUGAUCGUAAUGAUCGCAAGUCCACCACUGGUUUUUGUGUUUUUCUUGGAGAUUCGUUAAUCUCAUGGAGAAGUAAGAAACAAGAUGUUGUUUCAAGAUCUUCUACUGAGGCUGAGUAUCGUGCUAUGGUUGUGACUACAUGUGAGAUUGUUUGGUUACGAUGGCUUCUUGCCGAUAUGGGGGUUACCAUAUCUCAGCCUACUCCCUUACAUUGUGAUAACAAAAGUGCUAUGCAGAUUGCUAAGAACUCUGUUUUUCAUGAGCGAACAAAACAUAUUGAGAUUGAUUGCCACUUCACACGUCAUCAUCUUCAGCUCGGGACCAUCUCGCUUCCAUAUGUUCCAUCAGCCUUGCAGAUUGCUGACAUUUUCACGAAGGCUCUGUCGGUGUCUCGGUUUCGGUUCUUGUGUGACAAACUCUCAAUGCUUAUUGCUAUUGCAUUGUGA